AUGAAGUACUUAAGGCAGACACAUCAGCAAGGCCACCAGGCGAUCCAGCUCCAGCUUCCCGUCUCCGCCAUGACUGCGACAGUCACCGACGGUCGCGUGGCCUUUGUAGCGAGCGAUAAUCGAUGGGCGAAGCUCGCCAAGCGAUACCAAGAGAUGACCCUCAUUGAACUCGCGUCUCACAUCGGUGCGCGUGCCCUCUACAUCCGCGACAAGGGAAUCAUCACGGCACAUCAAGCGACCGAGUCGCAGCUGGAGGAAUACACGGAGGUGUCGGAGGAGUGGCUCAAGGAACUGGGAAUGACCGAGGAUCAAUUCAAGCAGUUGGAGGAUAUCGACGCGGGCCCUGUGAACAAGCCCAUCGACCACAACGAGGUCACCAGCGACUCGGAGAAAUGA